AUGUAUGCAACUCGGGCCGCGUCGAGCCAGCGUCUCUGGAGAUGUCCAGCCUGCGCUCUGUGGAUCGCCCUGCUCCUCCAAAGUGUCCCGGACCUGAGCGCGUCUGGGUCUGAGUUUCCCCAAGACCCCAGUGUGAUAGCUACCACUUCAUGGAACAGCUCUAGUGAUGGAUCAUCUUUCAUACGCCUUGAAGCUCCCAUGAACAACAUCACCACCUCUCUGGGCCUCACAGCCGAGCUGUUUUGCCGUGUGGCCGGCAACCCGCCGCCCACUGUACGCUGGCUGAAGAACGAUGCCCCGGUGGUGCAAGAGCCACGACGGAUCUCGUACCGAUCCACGCCUUAUGGAUCACGCCUCCGCAUCCGCAACCUGGACACUACUGACACUGGCUACUUUCAGUGCAUGGCCAGCAACACCCAGGGCACCGUGUCCACGACCGGCGUGCUCUUUGUCAAAUUCGAUCCACUCCCUACACUUCUGGCAGGAAGGCCAACGGAGGAUUUCGAUGAAGAAGGAUUCUGCCAGCCGUACAGAGGUAUAGCCUGCGCCCGCUUCAUAGGUAACCGCAGCAUCUUCGUCGACUCGUUUCAGAUGCAGGGCGAGAUCGAGACCCAGAUCACAGCGGCAUUCACCAUGAUCGGGACGUCCAACCAUUUGUCUGAUCGUUGCUCUCAGUUUGCCAUCCCUUCGCUCUGCCACUUCGCCUUCCCGACGUGCGACCGGAGCUCCGGAACCGAGAAACCUCGGGACCUGUGUAAGGACGAGUGUGAGAUCCUGGAGAACGACUUGUGUAAGACAGAGUACAUCAUCGCCCGCUCCAACCCUCUCAUCCUGAAGAGACUGAAGCUGCCGAACUGUGAGGACCUGGCGGCCUUUGACAGCCCGGAGGCCGCCAACUGUCUGAGGAUCGGCAUCCCCAUGGCCGAGCCUAUCAACAAGAAUCACAAGUGUUACAACAACAGCGGGGCAGACUACAGAGGGACAGUCAGCAUGACCAAGUCGGGCCGUCAGUGUCAGCCGUGGAACUCUCAGUAUCCUCACAGCCACACCUACCUGGCCAUCCGCUACGCCGAGCUAAACGGAGGACACUCGUACUGCCGCAACCCUGGGAACAAACUGGAGGGCCCCUGGUGCUUCACACUGGAUGAAGGGGUCCGCAUGGAGCUCUGUGACAUACCCGUCUGUGACCAUAAAGACAAGUCUGGCGGCAGCAACAUGGAGAUCUUGUACAUCCUGGUUCCCAGUGUGGCGAUCCCGUUAGCCAUCGCCUUGCUCUUCUUCUUCAUCUGCGUGUGCCGCAACAACCAGAAGUCCCCGACGCCUCCGGCCCCUCGCCAGCCCAAACCGGUCCGAGGACAAAACGUUGAGAUGUCCAUGCUCACAACUGCAUACAAGCCAAAGAGUAAGGCCAAAGAGCUUCCCCUGUCGGCUGUGCGUUUCAUGGAGGAGCUGGGAGAGUGCACUUUAGGGAAGAUCUUCAAGGGUCACCUAUAUCUGCCGGGAAUGGACCAGGCACAGCUCGUGGCCAUAAAGACCCUGAAGGAUAUCUCCAAUGUCCAACUGUGGGCUGAAUUCCAGCAGGAGACUGCCGUGCUGACCGAGCUGCAGCACCCAAAUGUGGUGUGCCUGCUGGGUGUGGUGAUCCAGGAGCAGCCUGUCUGUAUGCUGUUUGAGUUUUUGCCCCUAGGCGACCUCCACGAGUUCCUGAUCAUGCGUUCACCGCACUCUGACGUUGGCUGCAGCAGUGAUGAGGACGGUACGGUGAAAUCCAGCCUGGAUCAUGGAGACUUCCUGCACAUGUCCAUACAGGUGGCGGCUGGGAUGGAGUACUUGGGCAGCCACUUUUACGCCCAUAAAGACCUCGCAGCUCGGAACAUUUUAGUAGGUGAACAGCUCCACAUCAAAAUCUCAGACCUUGGUCUCUCCAGAGCAAUCUACUCCUCAGACUACUACUGCCUCCAUCCCAAAACUCUGCUGCCCAUCCGCUGGAUGCCCCCAGAGGCCAUUGCUUACGGCAAGUUCAGCACAGACUCGGACAUCUGGUCGUUCGGAGUUGUGCUGUGGGAGAUCUUCAGCUACGGUCUGCAGCCCUAUUACGGCUUCUCCAACCAGGAAGUGAUGGAGAUGGUGAGGAAGAGGCAGCUGCUUCCCUGCCCCGAGGACUGUCCACCAAGGUUUUAUGGUCUGAUGACUGAAUGCUGGCAGGAGGGACCAACACGUCGAACGCGUUUCAAGGACAUCCACCUCCGGCUGCGAGCCUGGGAGGGCCUAUCAUCCCACGCCAGCUCCAGCACGCCCUCUGGUGGUGGAGGCAAUGCCACCACCCAGACCACCUCGCUGAGUGCCAGUCCCGUGAGCAACCUCAGCAACCCCCGCUAUGCGGCUGCCGCCGCGGCUGCAGGAUACCUCUACCCAGCCCAGGCUAUUCCCUCUCAGGGCCAGAUGGCCCCGAUUCAGGCCUGGGCCCCCAUGGCUGUGACACAAACCCACCAGCGCUUUAUCCCCGUCAACGGAUACCCAAUCCCACCCGGAUACGCAGCCUUUCCAGCCCACUUCCCUGCCCCGGUCCCACCGACCAGAGUCAUACAGCAUCACCUGCCACCUCCCAAAAGCCGCUCACCCAGCAGCGCCAGUGGCUCCACCAGCACGGGUCACGUCAGCGGAGUGCCUUCCACCACGGGCUCCAACCAUGACGCCAACACGCCGCUGCUCUCCCACUGCAUCAUGCCCGGGAACAGCGGAGGGCUGAUUCAGGUGUACGGACAAGUUUGCCAGAAGGGAGUGGGACAACUGGACCACGCAUCACAAAAGGCGCUGCUCGCUGCGGAUUCUGACGCACUAAUGUACAACGAUUCGGUCAUCACCGCAGACCUGUAGAUAGACCGAGAGACGCUCACUCUCUUUCUGCUCGGGACCCACAUUUGAGAAGUCUAGCCUCUGAAACAGGGACCCGGUCUAACGUUUCUACUCUAGUCACAUGGAGACCCAACAGAAACUGGCCUGAACGCACAUUUGAGUGUGCAAGACAACGCGGCUACACAAGUAUAUCCACAGCUGUCUGACUUUUUAAUGCCUUAUUGUUAAAAGCAUGUGUACUUACCACCAUGGUUUGAAAAUGUUGUGUUCUUAUUUUAACCUCUGUGUAAAUACGGUACAUACGUCCGGAAAGAAUGAGUGAAAUACAAAGAUAUAUAUUCAAGAGCGAGAACUUUUUUUUAUUAAGAAAAGUUAUUAUGAAAAGUUUUUAAAAGUGAAAAAAGUAGCAAGUCCAUCCAACUUCCUAAGAAAUGGUUAGUGUCAACAACUGAGUUCCCGGACCGUUUCAUGCAGGAUGUGAAGGAGACACCGACACCGUGACCUUUAGGUGCCUUUUCAGCAGCGGUGCGACUUGCUCGUUUCUUGACGUAUGAGAACAGAAAUUCGUGCUGUGCGUUUUUGCUUGUACAGUAAAAUAAACUGCAUUUAGUGAGUCAUAAACCGAGCAAACAAAAAAUGGGAACCGCAAUGAGAACAAAGUUUUAUUAGACGUUGAGCAGCUUUUGGUGAGAAGACCAGCACCGAACUGCUCAAAUACAUCAGUAUACAGGGCGUGCUGGAGCCUUUAGGGCUUCACGCGUUGCAGACAGGUAACGACUAUGUGACAGCUGGACUUCCAACUCAAACAGAUACAGGUGAUAAGUUGGCUAGCGUACUCGUCCAGGCUCAGGCAUUUUCACACAAAAUAAUUUUGGAAAUGACACCUGAAUGUUUUUCGUGCAAACCUCAAUAAGACUAUCUGACACUAUUGCAACAUGGACGCAGGCCUCUUUGCCUUUUUCAAAAUUCAGUACACAGCUUCCAAGGCUAAGAAACAAGGAAACAGGGAGUAUUUUAGAUUGAGAAAUAAAACAUGGCAUCUAACUUCAAAAGCUGUCUGCAGAGGAUCCCCUUCAGAUCUCCAGAUGAAACCACGUAUCCUCCAAAGCUAAACUGGACCCGUCUCAGGGCACAAACACUUCACUCACCACGUGAGGGGCUGGGCUACAUGUACUGUCACUGAUGUAAAGCUAACAUUUCACCCUCACAAAAGAACAUUUUUAUUGUAAAUUGGAUAUGGAGUUAAAAAAUAAAAUGA